AUGCGUGUGAAAACGGCGCUUGAUCCAGAUAAUGCUGCGGAGCUGGCCGAAUUUUCAAAGUUCUUACUUCAAAUUGGAGAGGGUCGUUAUCCGGUGAAUCGCGAUAUUGACGACAACGACAUCUGUAUCCCGCAGAGCAUGUGCGUUACUCCAGUCUCCGGUGGUUCCUCGACUUCUAUUCAAAAUUCCUCUGAUGAUGAUUCAGAGUACGAAGCACCGAAUUUCAAUUUGCUUCAACCAUUGGAUCCUGAAGGUGAACGCGAAUCGGACGAGCCUGAAGAUGAUCAGCGUACUCGCAGUAUCAACGCACUGAUCGGUGCGAUUUACCCCGGGGUGGGUGAUGCUGACUUGCCAAAUCAGUACUUUGUGGAUCGUGCAAUUUUGGCGCCAACCAAUGCAAGCGUUCGUCGGAUCAACGAAAUGGUAGCUGAGCGAUUGUCUGGAGAGACACGAGAAUAUCUCUCCAACGACAGCCUCGACGGUCCCGGAGCUCAGAACCUAUUCGAGACUGAGGUUUUGAACUCACUCAAUUUCUCAGGAUUGCCCCCUCACAAGAUGGUUCUCAAAGUUGGCACUCCUAUCAUUAUGAUUCGGAAUCUAAUAGAGACGAAGGAGGAACUACUGGACGCCCGUGAAGAAUCUACCCGGCGGUGGGCACUGGAACGGCAGAACUACGAGCGUCAACUUAGUGAGGCUGAACACUCGAUCGAGGCGUUAAAACGAGACAACCAGAUCCUCGAAGACUCGGUGCUUGAUAGCAAUUGCAGCGAAGCCAAGGAGACAAACACUCACCCCAGUCCAAGUGCAAAAGCGACAACGAAUGAAGACCGGCCGGAUACAACCGCUCCAAACAAGUCCGAACGACCUACAAUUGCUAGCAGACCAGUCGACAAGGAAGCCAUGUUAGCUGUCUUUGAAAGCAGCGUCAAGCAACUCAUCGAGUAUCAUGCGACUCGACGUGAAGUGGUUCAAUUGCUCAAGGGCAAGAAAGAGGCUGAACAGAGCAGAAGUGAAGCAGCUCGACGUAUCAAUGCGCUCGAGAUGCAGAAAAUGCGCCAGAGCUUGGGAGUGCGUGAGAGUAUCUCAGAUUUAUCCAAGUCUCUGCAUGUUCUAGAUGAGCGAAUGCAGGCAGAGUCGAAGUCUCUGGAAGAACUAGAGCGUUUGAAGAAACUACGUCUACGUGCAGAGCAGAAGCUCAAAGGGCUGCGUAAGCAAGAAGCGAAGGCAGAUUUCCUGGACAGUGAGGCUCAACAGGAGCUUCAGGAUCUCGAGGAGUUGAUCGUCGACUUGGACUCGCACAUCGCGUUCCAGGACGCCGAGCUGAGAGCUGCACGGAAUGAUCUAUUGGCAAUGAAACAUCGCUCCGAUAGCACAGACGCAAAGUCACCUCUUGGUGGUCUAGCGAGCGGUCUUGUUCAACAUCUUGGACUCGGUAGUACUGACGCUGCAGGAGCUGCAGCUUCUGUCAUGGGUAAAUGUCUGGACGAGGUAGCGCGACUUCGAAUGCGCGUGAGCGAGAUGGGGAUCGAAGUUCAGGAGCUGCAAGGGCUACUCAAUGAGCGUGAUGAAGCUCUCAGUCAGCUGGAAAGUGGUUUGGCAGUGGCUCGGGAUGAGUUUGACCGUCGUCUUGCAGCUCACCAGCAAGCGAGUGCUGAGGCCAUGGAGCAGCUUAAGAAGAUGCAGCCCAAGGUUCUAGUGCCUUCUAAUAACAACGAAGAUGGUGAAACUAGCGACGCACACAAGGACGAGGAGUGGCAGAAGCUGAUUGUUCGCUGUCAGAAGAAGGACGAGUACAUCGCCGAUUUGGAGAAGCAUCUGGUGUUUUACAAGUCCAAGGCCAAGCAGAUGCAGGCCCAACUACAGCAGCUUAUCCGGUCCUCAAGUGAACAGCAACGGCGGACUGAUGACGGAUCUUCCGACGUUGAACGAGAGCGACAACUGGAGCGUCGGAUUCAGCAACUGGAGGACGCCAAUGACAGUUUAAUGAAGGAUCUGGCCACUGCCAAAGUCUAUCUUCGAGCUUCUCAGAGUCGAGGCAGCGUCGUCAGAACCAGUGGAGAGCGAAAUGGAGCGAAAGUAGUUCGGAUCUCCAGAAGUGAGCUUCGAGAGCUUCCAGCCCCACCAGCUCCACCCUUGCACGCCUCAGAUCUACGCAAAGAGUGA